GAUGCAGAAAUUUGGGAGCCUGAAUCCAAGCUUCCUUCCACCCAUCUCCUCUGGAUGUGUCUCAUCCCUCUCUUUCUCUCUCCCCCUCUCCCUCCCUCUCUCUCUCUCUCCUCCCCUCCCCAGAAUGUCAGGCCCACUCAUCGGAAACUCCUCUGGCAGUGAGUCCAACUUGGAGAACGCCAUGCAGCUCAUGAUCCAGACCUUCCACAAGUAUUCUGGGAACGAGGGGGACAAGUACACCCUGAGCAGGGGAGAGCUCAAGGACAUGCUGACCCAGGAGCUGGGGAACUACCUGGGGAAUCCCCAGGAUAAGGACGCAGUAGACAAGGUGAUGGGAGACCUGGAUGCCAACAACGAUGGGGAGGUGGACUUCACCGAGUUCGUCAUCCUUGUGGGAGCCCUGACCGUUGCCUGCAACGACUUCUUCCUGGAGUACAACCAGAAGAUCGAGAAGAAGCAGUAAGCCCAGGUCACAGCCCUGAAAAACGACACCUGAAACAAUGGAGGAAGAGGAGGGGAGAAGGUGAAGGAGAAGGCUCGAGGAAACCUCCUCAUACUUAUUAACUGCACUCACCCAUGCACCUGCUCAGCACCAGUACCCACAUAGCCCGUGCACUGUGAAAGAGAAGUGUGAACCUGAUACAA